AUGAAUCUAAUAAGUGAACUCCGUGAGUUUGACGCACAUAUCGACUACAAGAACGAUAUGGACAGUAUAAGCAAGUUUUUGCUAUUUUUUGAGGAAGGAGGAGAGCUGCCAUAUGUGAACUGCUUAAGAAGGCUUAAAGAAAGCAUUGAAGUUGAUAUGGAAGAUAUAGCGAUUUAUGACGAAACUGGACUUGCAAGUAGAAUUGAACGGAAUGCGAUGUCAUACAUAAAUAUGUUCUACAGGGCAAUAGAUGAUAUUCUUUACAACGAAGAAGAGCUUGCAAUGGAAGAGAAUGAAGGAGAUGUUUUUUUCUUCCACCGGAUCUCGAGAUUCAAGGAGAAGUUUCCUGACAAGAAGGUUUCUGAGGUAUUUCCUUCUUUUUUAUUACGCAGGUACUCACUGAUACUGAAGCCACGGAAAGGAUUGAAAGUAUGUGGAGUCAGAGAAUUGAAGUCAAAGGACAUAGGUGCCUUAAUGAAAGUAAGCGGGGUGGUUACAAAGGUUAGUCAGGUGAAGCCAAGUAUCAAGGUUGCAACAUACAUAUGUGAGAGCUGUGGAACAGAGACGUAUCAACAGGUUGAGGGAGAUGUGUUUGAUUUACUUGAGGAGUGUGGAAGUGAAAAGUGCAGAAUUAAGAACAUACGAGGAACCUUGAUUCUUGUUACAAGAGGAUCAAAAUUUAUCAAACACCAAACGGUUUAUAUACAAGAGUUGACCAGUGAUGUUCCCCAUGGAUGUAUUCCAAGGAUGCUGGUUGUUGAGUGCUACUCUUCAACUGCAGAGAAGUGCAGACCUGGAGAUGUAGUGGUUGUUGGAGGUGUUUUUAUGCCUAAGCCAUAUUAUGGGAUAAAAAGGCUGAAGGCAGGAUUAAUUACAGACACUUAUCUUCAUGCAAUGCAUAUAAAGACGGCUGGAGAUCAUAUAUUUGAGCAUAAAAUGGAAUUGAAAAGAUACUCAGUAGAACAGCUGGUGAGUUCGAUUGCACCGGAAAUAUUUGGGAUGGAUGAUGUAAAGAAAGUGUUGCUACUGAUGCUGAUAGGUGCGCCGUUAAGAGUUCAAUCUGAUGGAAUGAGGAUACGAGGAGACAUCAAUGUACUACUACUAGGAGAUCCUGGAAUUGCAAAAAGCCAACUGCUCAAAACAUGUGCAAAGAUAAGUAAAAGAGGAAUAUAUACGACAGGAAAGGGAUCUAGCGGAGUAGGGCUUACAGCAAGUGUUUCGAAAGAACAGGUGACUGGAGAGAUGGUGCUCGAAGGAGGAGCAUUGGUUCUUGCAGACGGAGGAAUAUGUUGCAUUGAUGAGCUGGACAAGAUGAACGAGAUUGAUAGGGUUAGCAUUCAUGAGGUGAUGGAGCAGCAGAGUGUUUCUGUAAGCAAGGCAGGAAUAAAUACGACGCUGAAUGCACGGUGUUGUGUGCUUGCAGCAGCCAAUCCUGUAAGAGGAAGAUAUGAUAUAAAGCAAAGUGUAGAACACAAUGUAGGUCUUCCAUGCUCACUUUUGUCUAGAUUUGAUGUGGUUGUUAUUCUCAGGGAUGAGCCUGACACUGAAAAGGAUGAGCAUCUUGCUAAGCAUAUAACAUCCAUACAUCUGAAUGAAGAGCUUGACUCGGUGUCUUAUGAUGAGGUUCGUGUGGUUAUUGAAGAGGCCAAGAAGUUGAAUCCGAUGCUUCCCUCAAAUCUGUCGAAGAAAUUAACAAAUGUAUAUGUAAAGGUUAGGAAGGAAUCUUCAAAUAUCACGCCGAGAUAUCUCCUGUCUUUAAUAAGGCUAACUCUUGCACAUGCCAGACUGAGAUUCAGUGAAGAAGCAUGUGAGGACGAUGUCAAUGAGGCAUUAAGAUUGAUGGAGGUCAUGAGAAUACCAACACCAAAACGAAAGAAGGAAGAGAUCUCGAAUAAGCGAGCCAUCUACAACCUUAUUCUCUCAUUAGCGGUUGAUGAUGGAAUCAAAAGAUAUGUUAAACUUGGCAACCUGUGGGACGCAGCGAGAGGGAAGUAUAACGCUGAUGAGAUACAGAAUGUAAUAUCUGAAUUUGCAUCCUGCGGUAUUUGGAUUAAGAACAAUGAUGAAUUGACAAUUUUCAACUAA